AUGGGAGGACAAGAUAAUGAAAUCAACCCAAGUCCUAGCAAUGAAGGGGAUGUGGGAAGUCAGAAUCAGUCUUUCAGCAGGGAACAGAUCUCAGAACUAGUUAACAUCAUCAAACAUGUUCAAGUUGGUAAUACAGGCAAUGCAAGAUCUAAAAGUAAUGCCAAUGUAGUAGCUGCUCACAAUAGAGAAAAAUUUGCUCCUAGAGUACAGGCUUGUGCCUUCCUAGGAUAUUCACAACAUCAAAAAGGAUAUAGGCUUUUAGAAUUGAAGACAAAGACUGUCUUUGUCUCUAGAGAUGUGAAGUCCUAUGAAAACCAUUUCCCUUUUGUCACCACACCUACAUCACAAAGCUAUCAGGUGUUUCCUCCAACUGCACCUCUCCCAGACAACACAAUACCUAAUUAUAUAUUUUCAUCUCCUUCCUAUCCUUCAUCAUCUCCUUCACCCUGGCCUAUUCCUAACAACAUUGCCCCUCCAGAUACAAACCCCAUCACACUUCCCUCUCCUAGGUCACUUGAUUUCUCUUCUCCAUCUCCCAAUUACAAUUCUCCUGGUCCUCUUUUACCUAUUGUUCCCAAUCUUAGAACAUCUUCAACCCCAGUUUCUAAUUCCACUUCUCUCUUACCUGCUCCUAGUUCUAGUAUCACCAUCCCUAUACCUCCACUACCUAUCAGAAAAUCUGAACGAAUUUCUCAGCAGCCUAGUUAUUUAAAUGACUAUGUAUGCAAUAACAUUUUUCUUUCUGACAUUACUUCCUCUUAUUUCAAUCACGCUUCUCACCCCAUUGCCCUAUCUUUUGGAGCUUUAUCACUCAAUAAUCAGAAUAUUCUAAGGUCAGUAUGUUCUGUCUCAGAACCUCACAGUUAUGCACAAGCUUUUCAAGAUGUAGGCUGGAGGCAAGCUAUGGAGGCAGAGCUAGCAGCUCUUGAACUCAACAACAUAUGGGAUGUUGUAAACUUGCCACAAGGGAAGAAAGCCUUACCUUGCAAAUGGGUUUACAAGGUGAAGCACAAAUUAGAUGGAUAUGUUGAAAGAUUAAAAGCACGAUUGGUAGUAAGGGGGGAUAUUCAAAGAAAAGGCAUUAAUUAUUCUGAGACAUUCUCCCCUGUGGUUAAAAUGACCACAAUCAGAUGUCUCUUGACAGUGGCUGUGAAGAAGGGUUGGAAUGUGUCUCAACUUGAUGUUAAUAAUGCAUUUUCGCAUGGGGUUAUAGGAAGAGGCAAUGACAUGGCAGAAAUAGACCACAUUACUCACUUUCUCAAUUCAGAAUUUAAAGUCAAGAACUUGGGUGACAUUCACUAUUUCUUGGGAAUAAAAAUUAUCAGAGAACCACAAGGUUUCAUUAUCAACCAGCGGAAGUUUACUUUAGAGCUGUUAGAGGAAUUUGGUUGCUCAGGAGUUGCUGUUUCUUCUCCACUCGAUCCUUCCUCUAAAUUGCAUGCUGAAUUGAUGGCCCCGUUGGAUGACAUUAUACUCUAUCAUCGUUGUUAUUUGCAUUCCGAUCCGGCACAAGGUAUACUUCUCUUUGCAAAUCAUUCUCUUGAUUUGAUUGCUUUAUGCGAUGCGGAAUGGGCUGCUUGCAAGGAUUACUGCCGUUCUAUAACUUGGCUAGUUCGUCUCCUCGCUGAUCUCUCCGCUCCUCCUACUUUGCCAGUCACCAUUCACUCAGACAGUCAGGCGGCCAUCUAUAUUGCUCGCAACCCAGUCUUCCACGAAAGGACUAAGCAUGUGGAACUGGAUUGCCACUUUGUCCGCCAACAAUAUCUCUCAGGUUUAAUCACUCUCUCUUUCGUUCCCUCAAAGCUUCCGCUUGCCGAUCUUUUCACCAAACAUCUGACAGGAGUUUCUCACAAUCAGAUUUUGCCCAAGUUGGGGGUUUUCUCUCCAUCCUCCAACUUGAAGGGGGAUGUUAAGAUGAAACGCCAUAUUAAUUUGAAAGAAGAUGAAAUGUAA